AUGACAUACUUUCUCCGCCUUUGUCGCCGGCACUUGCACACUGCGCGCAUUCACCCCUCAGCGAUACCGACACCGAUCGGCUAUGCAGUGGAUAUGGGUGAUCUCACUGCUGAGGUCGAGGUCAUCGAAAUCGAAUCAGAUGAUGAUGACCUGGAAAUGACAGGUUAUGUGGGUGCAGGCACCAACUACACCCCUAAACCUGAAGCUUUCGACACGCCGUCUCGCAUUUUAUCGAGCACACCGGUCAAGGUCCAAGACGAGAGCGACGAUGACUUCAACGAUGGCGAGGCAGCAUAUAAAAAGUUCAAAGAGCGCAAGUCUGUCAAGCGUAGACAGAGUGCGGCUGCAACUAGGAGGGCAAAGGCUCCCAAGAAAGAACACCGAGAUCAAAAAAUGGUCGGUCUCGUCAAGCCGGAACGUGCACCAACGAGGCCCAGGAGGCCGUUGAGGGAAUAUGGCGAGGUUUCAUCAGAGGAUGAGCUGAUGGAGUACACUCUUCCAGACUAUCUGAAGAAGCGAAGGGCUCACUUUGAUCUGGAUCAUCAAAAUCUCAAUGAGCACGGUCUAAAGCUGCCUCCUUCCUACGACGAGGUUGACUUUUCCGAUGAUGAGCGCCUCGAACAUCUGCAAGAGAAGCCAUCAUUCCCCGACAGAACACCCGUCAGGGAAUACAAGGAUAUCACGCUGCAAUAUUCUCUGGGUCUAAUUCCCGCGCCUAUUGCACAAUGGCUGCGCUCGUAUCAAGUUGAAGGGGUCGCCUUCAUGCACGAAUUGUUCGUCUAUCAGAAGGGCGGUAUCCUCGGCGAUGACAUGGGUCUGGGAAAGACUAUUCAAGUGAUUGCAUUCCUCACAGCCGCCUACGGCAAGACUGGGGACGAGCGUGAUUCUAAACGAAUGCGCAAAAUGAGAAGGUCGGGUGACAGCAUAUGGUAUCCGCGUACGCUUAUCAUCUGCCCUGGAACUCUGAUCUCAAAUUGGAUAUCUGAGCUUCAGCGGUGGGGGUGGUGGCAUGUCGAUGUCUAUCAUGGCAGCAACAAGGACAUUGCCCUUCACGCUGCAAAAUCGGGUCGUGUCGAGAUCUUGAUUACGACCUACACCACUUACGUGAAUAACAAGGAUUCCGUGAAUAUGGUGGAAUGGGACUGUGUAAUUGCAGAUGAGUGCCACAAGAUUAAGGAGCGAAAGUCCGAAACGACACAAGGGAUGAACGAGAUCAAUUCACUCUGCCGAAUUGGCCUAACCGGCACGGCUAUUCAGAAUCGGUAUGAAGAGCUUUGGACUCUCUUAAACUGGACGAAUCCGGGCGUUGUUGGGCCGGUGACAACCUGGAAGGCGCAAAUCGCCGAGCCAUUGAAGAUUGGACAAUCACACGAUGCCACAUUGAAUCAACUUAGCAAGGCUCGAAGAACGGCAAAAAAGCUUGUCGAAAACCUGCUUCCACAGUUCUUCCUCCGCCGUAUGAAGACUUUGAUUGCGGACCAGCUACCCAAAAAGAGUGAUAGGGUGGUCUUUUGUCCUCUAACCUGGACACAGGCAGAAGCCUACGAGAAUUUCUUGGACAGCGAUAUCGUGACUACAAUCAGAUAUUCCACUGACAAUUGUGAUUGUGGGUCAGGGAAGAAGAGAGGAUGGUGCUGUCAUAAAUUUGUUCCUGGCACGGACAAGACAUGGCAGUCUUACGUCUUUCCUGCUAUUGCGGUCCUCCAGAAGCUCAGCAACCAUCUAGCUAUUCUGAUCCCGCAAGGAAACGACGCUAAUGAGAAACAAGAGAAGGAGAAAGAAAUGCUGCAAAUAGCAUUGCCUGAUCAAUGGGAAGACCUGUACCGUUCCCGAGACUCGAUUGUCAACUACGCAAACCCCGAGUUCUGUGGGAAGUGGAAAGUCCUGCGCAAGCUGCUUAGGUGGUGGCAUGCGAACGGCGACAAGGUCCUCGUAUUCUCGCAUAGUGUACGCCUGCUGAAAAUGCUGCAAAUGCUGUUCAAUCACACUAGCUACAACGUGAGCUACCUGGAUGGAUCCAUGAAAUAUGAAGACCGUGCGAAGGCCGUGGAUGAGUUCAACUCUGAUCCAAACCAAUUUGUCUUUCUCAUCUCCACUAAAGCCGGUGGUGUUGGAUUGAACAUCACAUCGGCGAACAAGGUCGUCGUGGUUGAUCCGAACUGGAAUCCAGCCUAUGAUCUUCAGGCACAGGACCGAGCCUACCGUAUCGGACAGGUUCGCGAUGUAGAAGUCUUCCGACUUGUUUCAGUAGGCACCAUUGAAGAGAUCGUCUACGCGCGACAGAUUUACAAGCAGCAACAAGCCGAGAUCGGCUACACGGCCAGCUCCGAACGACGCUACUUUAAAGGGGUCCAAGAAAAGUCCGAUCAAAAGGGCGAGAUCUUCGGUAUGCAGAAUCUCUUCGCCUACCAACAUGAUAAUGUCGUUCUCCGUGACAUUGUCAACAAAACCAACGUCGCUGAAAGCCGGGCCGGCGUUCAAGUCAUGGACUUUGAGGUCAAAGAAGACGACGAAAAUGACUUCACCGGCGAGAGGAGCGUCAAGGCCGAGGACGAAGCAAUGAGCCAGAUAGCCGCUAUGGUCCGCGGCGAGACUGAUGCCGAUGGACCGAAGACUGAGACUGAGACUACACGCAGCCAUGACCCGAUCCAGGCCAUUCUCGCCGGGGCAGGUGUUGAAUACACUCAUCUCAACAAUGAAGUCAUCGGCUCAUCCCGCGUUGAAGAACGACUCAGCCGACGCGCAGAGCAAGUCAUCAAUGACCCUAAUGCAGAUAUUCAGAUCUUCGAACCCUCUCAGAAUGCUGAUAGUGCCGACGACCCUUUCGCAGAGCCACUCCAUCAACAUCCGCCACCAUCUGUAUUCCGGGACGCCAAAGGGCAGAUCGUUCGAUUCAAGUAUAACCCGCCUGAGGAUGUGAAGCACCGGCAGUUCUGCAGUAUGGCCCGACGGUUUGGGUAUGCCGAUGCGACGGAGUUUGCGCUUGUUGUGGAGAAUAUGACGCAGGCGCAACGGAGGGAGUGUCUGGAUAAGUGGUAUCAGGAGCGAAGGAAUGUGGUGCUUUCUCAGGAUGAGAAGGUAGAAGUUAAGGGCGAGCAAUGA